AAACUAUUAAUUCAUUCCCCACCUCCUCCCACGUUCAGACGCAGCCCGCCAGGCACCGGAGCCAAAAUGAAGAUCCCAAGCCCUGUCUGCACCUGUGGCACCGUGCUGACCCUGCUGUCCCUGCUCACGCUCUUCCAGACCACCAUGGCCAGAAAGAAUGACAUCGACAUCUACAGCCUCACAGUGGACUCCAAGGUCUCGUCCAGAUUUGCCCACACAGUGGUCACCAGCAGAGUCGUCAACAGGGCCGACACUGUGCAGGAGGCCACGUUCCAGAUGGAGCUGCCCCAGAGAGCCUUCAUCACCAACUUCUCCAUGAUCGUCGAAGGUGUGACCUACCCAGGGCACAUCAAGGAGAAGGCUGUAGCCCAGGAGCAGUACAGCGCGGCCGUGGCCAGGGGGGAGAGUGCGGGCCUUGUCAAGACCUCUGGGAGGAAGAUGGAGGAGUUCCACGUGUCGGUCAGUGUGGCUCCUGCUGCCAAGGUCACCUUCGAGCUGGUGUAUGAGGAGCUGCUCAGGCGGCAGCUGGGAGUGUAUGAGCUGCUGCUUAAAAUCCAGCCUCAGCAGCUGGUCAAGCACCUGCAGAUGGACAUUCACAUCUUUGAGCCUCAGGGCAUCAGCUUUUUGGAGGCAAAGAGCACGUUCAUGACCAACGAACUGGCAGAAGCCCUCACCAUCGUGCAGAAUGAGACCAAGGCUCACAUCCGAUUCAAGCCUACGCUCUCGCAGCAGCAGAGGUCGCCAGAGCAGCAAGAGACAGUCCUGAAUGGCGACUUCACAGUCCACUAUGAUGUGAACCGGACUCACUCGGGGGGCUCCAUCCAGAUUGAGAAUGGCUACUUCGUGCACUACUUUGCCCCCGAGGGCCUGCCAGCAAUACCCAAGAACGUGAUCUUUGUCAUUGACAAGAGCGGCUCCAUGAGGGGAAGGAAGAUCCAGCAGACCCGGGAAGCCCUCAUCAAGAUCCUGGACGACCUCAGCCCCAACGACCAGUUCAACCUUGUGAGCUUCAGCUGGGAAGCCACCCAGUGGAGGCCCUUGCUGGUGCCAGCCUCGGCUGAGAACGUGAAGCAGGCCAGGAGCUACGCGGCCAGCAUCGAGGCCCAGGGAGGGACAAACAUCAACGAUGCGAUGCUGAUGGCCGUGCAGCUGCUGGAGAGCGCCACCCGGGCGGAGCUGCUGUCCUCGGGGAGCGUGUCCCUCAUCAUCCUGCUCACUGACGGCGACCCCACGGCUGGGGAGACCAACCCCAAGAAGAUCCAGAAGAACGUGCAGGAAGCUAUAAGUGGUCAGUACAGCCUCUUUUGCCUGGGCUUCGGCUUUGAUGUCAGCUAUGCCUUCCUGGAGAAGCUGGCCUUGGAAAACGGCGGCCUGGCUCGUCGCAUCUACGAGGACUCGGACUCCGCCCUGCAGCUGCAGGACUUCUACCAGGAGGUGGCCAACCCGCUGCUGACCUCAGUGACCUUCGAGUACCCAAAAAACACAGUGGAGGAAGUCACACAGAACAACUUCCGGCUGCUCUUCAAGGGCUCCGAGAUGGUGGUGGCUGGGAAGCUGGGGGAGCAGAGCCCUGAUGUGCUCGCAGCCACAGUCAGCGGGCAGCUUCACAUGCAGAACAUCACCUUCCAGACGGAGUCCAGCGCGGCGGCGGCGGCGGAGUUCCAGAGCCCCAAGUACAUCUUCCACGGCUUCAUGGAGAGACUCUGGGCGUACCUGACCAUCCAGCAGCUGCUGGAGCAAAUGGUUUCUGCGUCAGAUGCCGAGAAGCCGGCCCUCGAGACCCGAGCUCUGAGCUUGUCGCUCAACUACAGCUUUGUCACUCCCCUCACGUCCAUGGUGGUCACCAAACCUGAAGGCCAAGAACAGUCUCAGGUUGCUGAGAAGCCCGUGGAAGCAGAAAACAAACACAGGAAUGUCCACUCAGGAGGUGGCUAUCCAGACCCUCUCAUGCCUGGAAGAAGUCUCUUCAGAGGACAAGCUGGGGCCUCCAGGAGUCUGCCCAGCUUCCCAGCGAGAUUCGUACCAGGACCUCUCCAUCCUCCUCCUCGUCCUCCUUAUCUAUACCACCCCAAGACCGGGACACCGCAGCUACCAGAGAGGCUGUUAGUUUCGGUGCCAUCAGUCCCCGUGGUUCCUGAACUGUUUCUUGAAGCGGAUUUAAAAACCAAAGAAACAGCAAUGACACCCCUGCCCCCAGUCAUCGAGUCUCCCCCUGUCAUCCUGCUGCUGCCGGGAUGGAUCCUGGACCGGCUGUGCGUGGACCUCAGGCACUCCCAGCAGCCGCUGAGCCUGCUCUCAGACCCCGACCAAGGGGUCAAGGUGACCGGCCAGUAUGAGAUGAGCAAGGCCCAGUUUGCGUGGAUCGAGGUGACCUUCAAGAACCCCCAGCUACAGGUCCGCGCAACCCCUGAGCACGUGGUGGUGACCCAGGACAAAAGAAACUCUGCAUACAAGUGGAAGGAAACGCUGUUCUUGGUGAUGCCCGGCCUAAAGAUGACCAUGGACAAGUCGGGACUCCUGCUGCUCAGCAGCCCAGACAAAGUGACCAUUGGCCUGAUGCUCUGGGAUGGCCCUGGGGCGGGGCUCCGGCUCCUGCUGCGGGACACUGAUCGCUUCUCCAGCCACGUCGGCGGGACCCUCGGCCAGUUUUACCAGGACGUGCUCUGGGUGCCCCCAGUAGCAGCAGAUGACAGCAAGCGAACACUGAGAGUUCAGGGGCAUGACCAUUCCGCCACCAGAGAGCUCAAGCUGGAUUACCAAGAGGGGCUCCCGGGCACACGGAUUUCCUGCUGGUCUGUGAAGCUGUAGUUCUGAUGGGAGGCGUCACGGCUCCCCCGACACCACCCCACUGCACAGGCGGCUGCCCCCGUGGGGCCUGGACUGUGAGGGGAGGGGUGUUGCUGCCCAUUACAAAUAAAGAAAGGUGGUGUGUGUCAGGUGGA